AUGUAUGGCAUCUGUGAGGUUGGACAGAAUCACAGGCAUACAGCAGAUGCGAGGGAGAGAUAUGAAAUACUUGUAAUUCUAACCAACAUGAAUCUGACACCCAUGGUGAAAGAACAGUAUGAGCUGGGUAGAAAAAUUCCUCCACUUUUUAUCACUGUUGAACCUUCAUCAACACCAUUCAACAAAUCCAUCCAUUGUCAAGAUCGUUGGAUCACUGGUGUGAGUGGCAAGUGCACUUCGAAGCUCAUCAGAAUGUGCAAUGAUCCAGAUCAUCUAGAUGAUGUUGGGAAACAGACAUCCAUGUGUGCUGCUGUUCCGAUGAAUGGGCCACCAAUCUGGGUUCAGCAGACACUUCCAACAAUUGCCUCUGGUAUCGCCAGCAGUGGAGUUGAUGAACCGUGCAUGUUUCCAGGCAAAAUCCCCACCUACAGAUCCCUCUCUUCUCCAUCCACUCCACCAAUCCAUACCUUUGCACUGGUUUGUUGGCUCCUGGAGGAUAGUAUGCACUUGCAUAGGCACCAUAGCAGUGGACUUGGCCAAUGCCUGUUGCAAGGCCAAAUUGACUUGAAAUGCAUUGUUGGCAUGUUGAGGUGGAAGGGAAAUGAGCAGAGGGGAACGACCUAUGACAUUUAUCAACAUGAUGAUAAGACAUCAAUGCCAUGGCCACUGAUCCUUGAAAAGUCUCCAGAAUAUGCGGGGGGGAGGGGGGGGGGGGCUAGGGAGCAGUGUAAGACUCAUCCCAACACCAUCACCAUGGGCCACUCUCCCUGA